AUGGAAUGGUACGAAAAGCCCGAUGAAAAGUCCCCAUCAACCAUGCUUCCUUGGGAAGAUACUGGGAAUGUCUACGAUUUUCUCAAAGGACCUUCUGCACCAGCCAAGUCUCCCAGAAGAAGCAGUAUAGGUUCCUACGACAAAUCCAGUGAGGUCUCAGCAUCGACUACGUCUCCCAUCUGGACCCCCAACACCGAAGCAUCAAACUAUGUCACAAAAUGGGAACCUGCAAUUCAGAACUACGCUUUCCUUCCACCAAGAGCCCCCAAAGGAGCAAACAACACAAAGGUUCAUAACCACCCUCCCUCACCGACCGUCUUCCACCCAGUCUCGCCGACCUUGGACCCUGCGUUUGAUCCAGCUCUAUAUCAUACUGCAGUCGGACAACAGUUCGCCAAUAUUAAUCACCUACAGCAGCAACAGCAGCAGCAAUACGGCGCUAAUCGCAGACAAAAUCCCCGCAACGAAUGGCCGCACGAUAUCGCUUCUGGAAUCAACCCGCGUUUGGAGACCCUCAGCUAUCCAACACUCUACGAAGAACAAUCUUGCAUUCCGAAACCUGUUCCUGAUAUCCGGCGAACCCCGAUAAAUGAGUCACCGUAUUGGUUCCCAUAUCAAAGCCUGGAUCUUCAAACCCAACAAGACCCUCAAGACACGGUCCCCAUUGAAAUGACGUACGAGGAGGAAAUCCAACAACUGAAGAUGCGCGUCCGCGAGCUCGAAAACAAGCUUGCGCAGGAGCGCGAAAUCAAGGAAGAACUUCUAAUCGCGCUCCAACGGAACCAGGGAUCGCGACAAUGGCCACCCGUGCGUCCUGGGCCUUGGUAG